UAGCGCUGUUCUGAUAAGACAUUCUGCGUUAUCUAUUGGAGAAAAAGUUUCCACCGAUUCCUCGCCUUCGGCAGACAGUUCACAACCAGCGACAAGUGCAGAAACGUGUCCACCGGCACAGCAGCUGACUCCCGUCUCCGAUAGCGACAUGCUGCUGAUGAUGGGACAGAUAUUUGAAUUUGAAUAAGCGGCAUAGUUAUACCAAGUGACGAAACAAGAGCAUCGGAGAGCGUGGCGGGCGGCCUCUGAACAUGUUUUGAUGCCGCUACGACGAGAAAUUGCGCGCCGAUUAGUGUUGUUUUGUCAGCGGUGUAUUUGUUGAAGACAAAUCGUUAUCUCAUUGCAUUUUGUACGACUCGGCCAGAUAAGCGGUCAAUCUUAUCGAAGGCAGCGUAAAGGACUGAAUUGGCCGUAAUCGGGCCAAUGGUUUCUGUUGAAUCUGCCGGAAAAGGUGGUUUUUCGCACUGUAGAAAACUUGAUAAUCGUUUUGGAUUUGCAACAAGAUAGGCAUGUCCAGAGGGCUAAGCUAAUUCUCGAGUGAUCAACAUGUGGAACGUUGCAGUGAUAUGGUGUAUUUUGUGGAUCGCGAAUUUGGCUGUGGCGUACGCGAACAAUGUGGCUGCGCCAAGUACGCAAAGCUGGGAACUCUUCAAUACGGUACAAUGUGGCGAGACGACUUGCAGUAUUACAACUCAGGAUUGCAUCGUUGAUCGAUGCGAAUGUAAGCCGAAUUUAGAGCAAAGGGAAGAUGGCAGCUGUCAUAUCUGCCCUAUGGAAGGCCAAUCUUGUACUGGAUGUUGCUUUGGGGAUGCAAUUUGCUACGGAGGCCGAUGUCAGCGUUGUUACGUGGAUCAAAAUGGAGAAUGUAUUGCACAAACCUCUCUGUUCUUUCUGACGGCGGCACAAGUGGCGCUGGCGACGGCCAUGGUGAUCGGUGUUUCCGCACUUGCUACGCUCAUGUACAAAACCUUUCGGGCACGGUCAAGAAACAACAGCCAACGACCCCUCGGGAGUAAUCUUAAUCGGACCGGUUCGAGUCGCAUAUCGCUGUCAUCGAUCCAGAUUCGGGUCCUUCGACGGUUGCGCGAUCGUCCACCAAAGUACGAAACGCGGCAUAACUACGAGUUCCAUCAACGGGAACAGGCCGCACCGAGAGACGACCAAUCACGAACCAACACAACGCCGGUCAACCAGUCAGGAGGGCGUUCCAAUCCCAUUAUUGGAGCCCCGCCUCCGGCGUACGAUGGCGAUGUGGCGUCGCUGGUCGACUUCCCGCCACCGUACUCAGCGGAGCCGUCGCAUCCAAGCGCACGGGUUGCGAUCAUAGAUGCACGACGGAAUGGCGAUAGCGCCGACAGUGGUGUAACUACUGGCCACGAUGCAGGUGUUGUGAACGGAGCGUUCGAGCAUGAUGGAAAGAUCGAGGGAAGUGCUGAUAUUAAUCUAGUAGACAAUGGUAAGGAUAAGACAAUACACAUUUGAAACAGUAGGA